AUGGCUGACGAACCUUACCCCUGGGAAGCAACACAUAUCGUCGCCGCUGCCGCCGGUGAUGUUGCAAAACUCCAACAAGAGCUAGACAAAGGAGUGGACUUGAACGACACUGAUCACGAACAUGACCAAACCCCCUUGUUCUGGGCUGCUGAGAAAGGACAUGAGGAUGCUGUGCAGCUGCUCAUAAGAUACGGCGCUGAAGUCAACUUCAUUGAGCCUCAUAUUGCGGCUAAAGACGGCAAACUCUCGUUGGUCAAGCUCCUUGUGCAUGCAGGAGCCGACGUUGAUGCCAAAGGAUGGCAUCAUGACAUGACCGCAUUGUCACUAGCAGCGGCGAAAGGACACAGAGACAUUGUCGAGUUCUUACUUCAGAACAACGCCUCGACAGAUCUCAUUGACGAAACUGGUCGAAAAGCGCUGGCACGGGCUAUCGAAGAAGGACAUGAUGACAUUGUUGAGAUUCUGGCAAACCAAGAGACAGAUACGGGCGCCAGAGGCGCUGAUAAAGAGGGCUUGACAAGUGAAACGAUCUUUUCCGCGUAUCCCGAUGUCAGCGGCGGCUCCAAUGAAGACCGUCUCGAAUGGGCUUUUAAAAAAGGAUACAUCUCGGUUGUUGAGGAGAUUCUAGAGCAGGCUGUUGACCUCGAACACAGAGAUGAGACUGGAAGGACGCCUCUCGUACUCGCUACGUCAGAAGGGCAUAUCGAGCUAGUCAAGCUUCUGCUCGAGAAGAAUGUCCAAGUGGACUCCAAAGAUGAGGAAGGGCGGACUCCUCUCUCAUACGCAGCCGGAAAUGGGCACAUGGAAGUUAGGGCACGAUGCGAUCGUGUCUCUCCUACUGGAAAAGGGGCUGACCCAAAUCAUUGGGACGGCAACGGAUUUUCGCCUUUAUUACACGCUGCUUUCGAGGGACAUACAGAGAUAGUGUUUAUGUUACUGGAGAGGGGCGUGGACCCCAACACUCGAGACAAGGAGGAAGGCAAGAGUGUGUUGACCUGGGCGGCAAGUGACGGUCACUUGGAGGUUCUCAAGUUACUACUGGCGAGAAACGUUUCACCCAACGACGAGGAAACCGACCAAACACCCCUUGCUCUGGCUUUGGACAAUGCAAUCGACACAGAAGAUUAUUCAUCCGUCAGGCUACUCCUCGAACACGGCGCACAGCCUUUCUCAGAAGUAUACUGGGAUAAUGUUCCACCCUUGGAGGUCGCCAUAUCAAACGGUCGUGAUGAGAUGGUGGAGCUUUUCCUCAAGGUCGAGCCUGCUUCAAGCACAGCCAAGCAAGAGCAUAUCCGAAAAGCUAUCUGUCAGGCUGUGGAGAUGGACAGAGAGAACUUGCUUGAUUUGUUAUUUGAGCACUAUGCCCCUGAAGACCCAAAUGCUGAAACGCCGCUGCAAUGGGCAAGAGGCAAAUGCUGCGGGUCUGAGCAGGCUGUCCGCCUCCUGAAGCCAUACUUUCCGAAUGAGGUGGACCAAACCGACGACUAG